CCGGGCUGAGCCGCAAAGCGGCGAUUAGCCCAGUUUGGAGGCAGGUGCCGUUGCCGGCGCCGCGGCUCAGCGAGCUCAGGAUGGCUUCUUCUGAAUUUCAAGCGUUGUCCCAAGACGAACUCCGAAAAAGACUUUAUCAGACAUUUAAGAACCGAGGUGUUUUGGACACACUUAAGACGCAGCUCCGAAACCAGCUAAUCCAUGAACUGAUGCAUCCAAUUUUAAGUGGAGAACUUCAGCCACAACCAGUGUCCAGUGAAGGCAGUUCAUUGUUAAUUGGAGCUUCCAACAGCCUGGUGGCAGAUCACCUGCGCAGUUGUGGCUAUGAAUAUUCACUUUCUGUUUUCUAUCCAGAAAGUGGAUUAGAAAAGGAGAAGGUGUUUACUAUGCAAGAUCUUCUGCAGCUAAUUAGGAUCCACCCAAAAUCCAGUCUUUACAAGUCAUUGACUUCAGGAGCUCAAAAAGAGAACAAAAAAGGUUUUCUUAUACAGAUGUUAAUGGAGCUGACAGAACAUCACCUAUGUAAGGAAAGUCGCAACACAGAAACUCAGACAAUCUCAAUACCUCCUUACAGAGAAUCUCUUGUUGAAAAACUUCAACUGAUUGAUGAACAGUUUGCAGACAUUUAUUCCCAACAUCAGAAAUUUGAGUCUUUAGAAGUGAAACUCAUUGAAUAUCGAAAAGAAAUAGAGGACCAACUUCAAGCAGAAAUGUCUGAAAAGUUACAACAUUUCAAAGAGGUUGAAAUAGCAAAGAUCAGAAUAGAAGAGAAAGCACAAUGCCAGAAAGAAGUUUCUGAUUUGCGUCGAGAGUUUGAAAGGACAAACCAAGCCAAGUCUGAGGCUCUGAUUGCUCGUGAAAAGAAUGCUAUUGAAAGACUUCAAAAACAACAGGAGAUUGAAGCAAAGGAGGUUUAUACACAAAGACAAAGUCUGCUGAAAGAUAUUGAAAUGAUAAGAACCAGAGAGGCAGAACUGAAGCAAAGAAUUGAAGGUUUUGAACUUGCUCAGAAACUUCAAGAAGAAAAAAAUAAAGCUGUUGAUGAUGCACUGCGACGUCGGGAGAUAGCUGUGAAGAACAUUGAGGAGACUUACGACCAAAAGCUUAAGAAUGAACUACUGAAAUAUCAACUCGAGUUGAAGGAAGAAUAUAUAGCCAGAACCACUAGGGUUACUGAAGAUGAGAAAAAGAAUAAAGAGAAGUCUAUACUGUUGCGUGAAGAGACCAUUGCUGUUAAUUCAAAGAAGGAAGAACUCAAACAAGUUGUAUCACAUGCAAAAGAACUUGAGCUGGAGCUGGAUUCAGUAAAGGCGCAGGUGUUAUUGGUAAACAAACAGAAUCAGUUGUUGACAGAAAAAUUGAAAGAGAUUGCGGACUAUCCCUUGUUAAAGGAAGAGAAACUGGAGCUUCAAGUGCAAAAUAAACUACUUAGACAACAACUGGAGGAGACUCGCAAUGAAAACCUGCAUUUCCGAGACAAGUUAACUCAACCAUCAGCUGAACAUGUAGCCUGCCAGGCAGAAUUGAGGCGAGUUGAACAUGCUAAAAAGCUGGAACAGGAUGAGUUUGAAACCCAUAAACAACUUCUGGAAAAGCAACUGCAAAGUGAGGUUGAACGUUGUGCACAAUUAAAGAUCCAGCUGUUAGACUAUGAAACUACUAUCAGAAAGCUAAACGUACAGGUUGAAGAUUUGAAAUUGCAGCUGAAGCAAACACAGACAGUUCUAGAGAAUGAAGUGUAUCGGAAUCCCAAGCCUUCUCUUGUUGAUCGUUCUGUCAUUGACUUCACUGGUGAUAGGAUUGUACCUCAUGACAUUUAUGUAGAUGGUGCUUUCUUGAAGAACCGGGCUGUUACUGAUAUUGUUGUGGCAGAUGAUGUUCCAAACGUUGGUUAUCGCCAGCAUUCACGGACCUGCAACUCUUCUCCAGAUUCUGACCUUGAAUUUGUCGCCAAAACCAAAGCUAGGAUAAAAGAACUAGAAAAAGAGGCAGAGUAUUUGGAAGAGGCCUACAGAAAUUACCAGCAUAGAGUCAUUCAAGGUGCAGUUGCAAGCAGGACACCAACAAAGACUAAGUCUCCUCUAUAUUUGCGAAAUGCUGUUACAUUCCCUUUGGCUUCUCAACACAGAGUUAUGUUUGUAGAAGACAACCUUGGCUCUCAGCAUUUCUCUCUUAGCAGUCCAAGAGGCCCAAGAUAUGUUACACCUGGGCAUGAUGAUGUCUUGAAAAAUCAUCUAACUACUCCCCGAAGAAGAGUCUCUUCCUCCAGACGUCUUUCUUCUACUCCUCUUUCCAAAGUGGAGAGAAACAUCAAUAGCCAUAUACUUCCAGAAGAUAGCAGUGAGUCGUACCUAGUCUCUUCCCAACAGAGUGUCGACCAGCCUCUUUCUCCUAUUUUGAGGAUAGGCCAUCUUUCAUCUUCUGAGUCUGCUCCUUCCUCUCCAACCAGUCAGGGAGAAAAGUUGAGUCCUCAUGAACAGCAAGCUGAUAAUCAGGACUUCAAUGACUCUUCAAAGCCAGAGAAGCUAGCAUAUGAGGACCUUGAAGAACAUGAUUCUUCUCUUAAAUAUCAAGGGGACAUUCCAGAGCAGCUCGAAAGUGAUGUGUCCCAUCCAUCUGGGGACAGCGUCAAUGGGAGCAAUGUCACAAACACAGUGCCAGCAACAGCCACUUCACAGCAGGAUUUAACAGUGGUUGAUCAAAGCCAGUCUGAAGAACAGAAAAGAGAAGAGAAUGAGAAAAAAUGGGAAGAAGAAAGGAGAGAAAGAGAAGAAAGAAGGCAAAGAGAAAGGCAGGAAGCACUGGAAAGGGAGGAAAGAGAACUAGAAAAACUGAAUGAAGAAAUGAAGUUGACCCAAGAUUCGUUGAAAAGUGAAGAAGAAACAAAAAAGACAGACCAUGAAGUGGAAGACUCAGAAAUCAGUAAUCCUGACGCUAAAGACAAUUUGUGUGACCCUCGUCCUAAUCCACUAGAAAAAUACAUGAAACUGAUACAGCAGAGCAGAGAGCAGGAGCUGACAAACAAGAGCUCCAAAAAAGAGGAAGCGGAAGAAGUAUCACUAAUAGAGAAACUUCUGUCUAGUGAAAAAGAUGACAGUGCUGCAGGCGUCUCUCAUGGAGAACCGGAUGAAGACUUCUGGUGAAUAGCAGCUACUAUCUCCUAAUGACCAGCACAAUGGAGGAUGGUGUGAAGUUAUGUAAACAGUCACUACACCACAAGAACUGAAUAUUUUCAUGCACAAUGGUUUCAGCUGGGGAUCAGAAUUAAAGUUUAAUAUGUUCAUAUUAGAAGCCUUUUACAAAGACAUUAUCCCAAAUGAGUAAUUUUAGAUGAAUCUACUAUGACUGGUAGUACUAAUAGCUGCUAAAAUCAUAAGCACAGGGCCUAACCUUUGUGUUUUAAGCUUUCCCAUAUCUUUACAAAAUAUUCUAGGAGUCACUGCAGCAUGUUGAUCAGAAAGUGUUUGUUUUCAUAUUCAUGAAAAAGCGCUGGGCUGUGACUGAAAAGCAAAGGUUCCUAUUCUAUUAGGAUGUAAAGCAGUUCAACAUUUUUUCAGGUAAAUUAGGUGACUUUUUAAAAAAUACCAUCUUGCCUUAAGAGAAGAGUUUUAAAGAUUAAAUGAUAAAAAUGAAAAUUCAAAGUAAGUAGAUUUGAAAGUGAGUGUCUUUUCCAGCAUGCUUAUAUUGCUGGUUUCACAAAUGGCAUGUCAAGAAGACUCUCUCUGACCCAAGGUUCAGAUAUGCUGAUUAUGAUUACAAUUUUUAAUGCGUUCUGAUAGAUACCUGAUAACUAUUUCUUUGAAACCACCUUUAGAUUAGUGUAGUUUUUCACUGGAGAUAACUUGUUUAAGUACUUUGCUAUAGCAGCAGCAAGAUGGGGGAAGAAAAAUACAUGUUUUUAAAAGGUGAGCCUCAUGCUGUUUCACUGCUGGUAUCGUCAGUAUUCCAUAAGAGGGUACAAGCACAACUGUCUUCAUCUUCUACUUUUUUUAGGUUUGCAUUUUAUAGACUGUUCUGGUAUUUUAUAAUAAAAUGUGUCACCUGUGCUCUGACAUGUU